CAUAUAUAUAUAUAUAUAUAUAUAUAUAAUUUUUUUUUAAAAACCACUUAAAUUUAAACAACAGUACAUUCGCUGAAACAUUACAAAAAUUGUAACGCGUAAGAAAUUAGAAAUUAUCUUAAUUUAAAAUUUUAUUAAAUUAUAAUUUUUCUCAUUGUUCUAAUAAAAAAUGAACAAGAGGAUAUUUGUGAUGGAUAGUCUUUGGAUUGAAUGAAGCAAAAUUGUACAUGAUUUUCUUAUAAUUAAAAUAUUCGUUUGUAAAAAGGAACAUCGAAGGGUUUGCUUUAUAUUUUUAAGUAACUAUUAAUUAAAUAUUUGAAUUGAUAAAAGAAAAGUCUCGAUAGAGUUAUUGCUUUUGAAAGAGAAAAGUCGAGUAGAGUAUUUGCUAAAAAACAAAGAGACUUGUAGAGUUAUAUUCCACAGUUCUAUAUAAUAAGUUAAUGAAUUUUUAAGUCAGAAUUUUCAGCAAUUAAUGUAUUAAUUCUAAUUUCUCCUACGCUGCGAAAAGGUAUCUUUUGAAAAAAUAAUAAUCAGUUUCUAUCAAAAAAAAUAAGGUUUAUACUUUUUAGAUGCAUUAGGAUUAUAUUAGAGUUUUUUUCCAUAUCUUAAGAAUUUAGAAUUAAAUUUUGUUGUUAUAGUUUUUGAAUGAUAAUCGUUUAGGUUAGGGUACAAAGCAAAGAAAAGGCUAUAUACCGAAAAGGUCCCCACAAACUGGAACUCAAGAGGACAUCUAUUAAGUUAUUUUCGAAAAUUCGACAGAACCUUUCAAGAAUGGCUUUUAGUCAUAUUUUAAUUUUACCAUGUUGUCACUCAAAAUAUUCUUAUGGUGAUGGAUGUAAAAGUAUAGAUUUGAAAAAUUGAAACGACGUAACAUUUCAUGGAAAUGAACUUGUUUUAAUUUUUAUUUAAAUAAGAUAUAAUAUAUAAUUUUAUUUAAUAAUUAUGUUACAAUCACAAAGAAAAAUAUAAGUAUAAAAGUCUGAGAAAUGGGUGUUCAAAAAAUCUAUUAAUACUGUUAUUUUAAUCCGUACUAACCUAUACCAUCCUAAUUGUUAGGUUAUGUGUGAAAGUCUUAUCAGAUUCUCAGAUCAUUUACAUAAUGUUGUAAACACGUUAUCUUCGUUUAAAAGAUUAUAUUUAUAUAUGUUAAAUUUUACAAGUAUAUGUGAAACUUUUUUCUAUUAAAAAUAUAUGUUCUAUUUAGACACAAAACUCUGUUUAUCUAUAUUUCAAUAUAUUAUAUUUUUAAACUCUCAAUAUCUUUUGUAAAAUGAUCAAGUUAAAUUUACGAAUUUCUACAGAAUAUUUAAAGAAAUUAAAAAUUCAUUAUAAAGAUAAUAUUAGAGUCAAUAAUAUCAGGCAAUACACAGAUUUUGUGAAAGUGGUUGAAGUAGGACCAAGAGAUGGAUUACAAAAUGAGCCCAAAAUUGUACCUACUAAUACCAAAAUUCAAUUAAUAAAUAAACUAUCUGAAACAGGUUUGCAAAGUAUUGAAACCACGAGUUUUGUAUCACCAAAGUGGAUUCCACAAAUGGCAGAUAAUAUUAUUCUUUUCACACAAAUAAAAAGAAAGGCAGGUAUAUCAUAUCCAGUGCUGGUGCCAAAUUUGAAAGGACUAGACAGUGCAUUAAAAGUAGGUGUUAAGGAAAUUGCAAUUUUUGGAGCUGCAUCAGAGACAUUUUCAAAAAAAAACAUAAAUUGUUCUAUAAAUGAAAGUAUAAAAAAUUUUACAGCUGUUAUAAAACGAGCAAAUGAACAGAAUAUAAAGGUGAGAGGUUAUAUUUCUUGCAUUGCUGGAUGUCCUUAUGAAGGAGAGAUUAAGCCAAAAGUUGUAGUUGACUUGGCUUUAUUAAUGUUGAAUCUUGGAUGUUAUGAAAUAUCCCUAGGGGAUACAAUUGGUGUAGGAUCGCCUAAAAAAAUUAAGAGACUUCUGAAAGAAUUACAGCAAGUAUCGUCAUACGAUAUGUCUAAAUUUGCUUUACAUUGUCAUGAUACUUAUGGUCAAGCAUUAGCAAAUAUAUAUGCGGGUCUUGAACAUGGCAUUAGAGUAUUUGAUUCUUCCGUUGCUGGACUUGGAGGAUGCCCAUAUGCAGCUGGUGCCUCAGGUAAUGUUGCGACUGAGGAUUUACUGUACCUUCUACAUGGACAAGGCUUAGAAACUGGAGUAAAUUUCAAUGAAAUAGUAGAAAUAGGUAAUUAUAUUAGUAAGGAACUAGAUAGGAAGAAUCAAUCUAAAGCUGGACUUGCUAUCCUUGCCCAAAGAAAUCAUUAAUCUUUAUAGACAUUUAUGUAUAAAUAUUAUGUUCAUACUAAUUUUAUGAGAAUCUGAUUAUAUAUACAUUGUAAAAAUAAUGUUAUAUUUGUUUGUAAAUUUACAUUUUUAUAAAUAUUACAUUAUUGUAAAUAAAA